UAAAUAGCCCAAGCUCGUCUAGAAGCCGACUCAGUUGAAAGCGAAGCGUGCCAAGUGGAAAUCGCAACCAUUUAUUAGUUGACACUUUUUGUUUUUUAUUUUACGUUGUUUAUCUGCUGUAGUGCUAGUGUUUUCUAAGAACUGAACCCCAAAAAUGCAGCAGCAGCUCCUGGUCGUGGCCCUGGUGGCGGUGGCCAUCGCGUCCUUGCCCCAACUGGCCGCAGGUAAAAAGCUGGGGAAGCGCUGCGUGAACUGCACGUACCGCACUUACUACACCUACGGCGAUGGGCGAUCCCUGCAGCGGGUUGUCUAUAGAGAUCCGGUCUACACACGUGUGCCUCUCUCCUCUCCUCUCGCCCACACAGCGCAGUCCUACGGCAGCGGAUGCAGCGGGAGCCCGUGCGGCGUGAACGCCGUGUGCCAGGAGGCCUCCGGAGGACGGCCCGUCUGCUCGUGCCCGCCCGGAUUCAGCGGUAAUCCGCUCACCCACUGCAAUCGCGGCGAGUGCCUGGACAACGUCGACUGCCGCGGCAACCUGCAGUGCAAGGACAAUCGCUGCGUUAAUCCCUGCGUGGGUGCCUGCGGCAUUGGCUCCAAUUGUGACGCCCGCAACCACGUGGCCGUGUGCAGCUGCCCCGCCGGCUACAAUGGCGACCCCUACCACGCCUGCCACCUCAACGAUCCGGAGGAGCAGUGCCAUCCCAGUCCGUGCGGCGUGAACACCAAGUGCGAGAUCAUCAACGGCGUGCCCACCUGCUCCUGCGUCCACGGCUACGUCGGCAAUCCGCUGAGCGGCUGUCGCCACGAGUGCGACCACGAUGGCGACUGCAGCAGCCGGGACAUGUGCUCCAGCGACUUCAAGUGCGUGCCGGCCUGCGGGCAGUGCGGCACUGGCGCCACCUGCCGGACGGUCAGCAAUCACCGGGCGGUCUGCGAGUGCCCCAAGGGCUACAUUGGCAGCCCGUACACGGAGUGCCGCCCGGAGUGCUACGGCGAUGCCGACUGCCCGGCCGGACGACCCGCCUGCUUCUACGGCAUCUGCAAGAACACCUGCGAGGGUGCCUGCGGCAUCGGCGCCGACUGCAACCUGCGCGGCCUCACCCCCGUCUGCAGCUGCCCCCGCGACAUGACCGGCGACCCCUUCGUGCGCUGCCGCCCCUUCACCAAGGAGGACCUCUGCGACCCCAAUCCGUGCGGCACCAAUGCCAUCUGCGUGCCCGGACACGACAACACCGGUCGCGAGCGGCCCGUCUGCAACUGCCUGCCCGGCCACACCGGCAAUCCGCUGAGCCACUGCACCCGGGGUGAGUGCCUGAGCAACAACGAGUGCCCCGACCACCGCGCCUGCAUCAACUACCAGUGCAUCGAUCCCUGCAUCGGCAAGUGUGCCACUGGAGCCAGCUGCGAGCCCAAGGCCCACCUGGCGGUCUGCCGCUGUCCACAGGGACAGUCGGGCGACGCCCUGGUGUCCUGUCGCCAGACGCGCACCUUCCCCGUGGCCAAGUACCACUGAGGCGGGAUGGGCGUCGUACAGUCCCGGAGCCGCACUGCCUGCCAAACCAGUCACCAUCCCAGCCCAGCCAAUCCCCAUCCCAAUCCGCACCAGUCUAUCUGCAUCUGCCCACUUCCCGUACUAGUCGUUGCCCUAACCUCGUGCUCUCCCCAAUAGAAGCGAUAAAAAAUGCGUUGAAAAACAAUAAAUAAUACCAGUAAAUAAUAAUAAUAA